AAAGAAGAAAACAAAAGUGACCUUUUUUUAUCCUUCUGCCCGUCCCUGCUAAGGUCUGUGCACGUCAGUGAUCAGACACAACGAAACUACCGGCAAUGAUUUCAUUAAUGGGAGCCUACUAAAAAUAGCCGUAUUGGUGCAAUUCCAGCAUUAUAGACAUGACAUUUGCAGUGAAAAUGUGAAAUUUACCUUCAUAUAUAAAGUACUCAUUGUCGUUAUAUCAAACUAUUUUUAUUUACAAUCACUGACCCCUGCAGAUAGAGUUCAGUCACCAGAAAAGUUUCAGUCUAGACAAGUUUUUUUUCCUGUGUAGAUUGGGAAAUGAGCAUUACAGAUGUUACAAAAAUAGACAUGAGUUUUUGGGAAAUCUCACACUUUGUAAAAACUCUGUGAAUUGAAAUGCAAAAUCCAGAGAUAAUAAUAACCACAGAAUGUAGAAGGUUCAGCACUCCUGAGAACAUGUAAAAUUGAGUUUUAAAUGUAUUGUCAUUCUCAAAAAAGGCAUUACAGAUGAGGAAACCAUCCAAAACCCUUUGAAACCUGCAGACUUCAGCCUCUGAGACAUUGUUAAGAUAUACAUCUAGGCUGAAUUGAAAUAAGAUUUAAAUCGCCAUUUUUUCAAAGUAUGGUUGACGUCCAUGGAAUUGCCCAUUGCCUUUUCUGUAAUAGGGCAAAGUUUUAUGUUUGUGAGCACAAUUAUUCAAAUACAUGCUUAACAUGUUUCAUAAAUCCUUUAUAUAUAUUUUUUUUUUUAAUGAUUUUGACAUUUGUUGACAUGCUAUAUCAAGCACUGGAUGCCUAGAGUAGGCAAAGAGAAGGAGAAUGGCAAAGAUUUGUACAGAACAGUCCUACCCACCCCAGCACAGGCUCUCAGUCCGAGCCUCUGAUGAUGAACUGGACAACAAUGAAAAUGGCGCAACCAGAGCACACUCUAUUUGUGAGGACAAUUCCUCUGACAUGCAGGGGAUUGUUUCUACUGGAACUAGCCAGUUUCAGGAAUCCAGGAGAAGUUCUUUCACAGGUGCUGGCACGAUGGCAAGGCUAACCCACUUCCUGGUAAUGCUGCAGAACUGGGCAUCUCACAGGCUUCACAGAGAGGUUGAGCGUCCCGACUCCUUCUUGGAGCGAUUCCGUGGACCAGACCUCAAAGACUUAUCUAGCCAAGGAAGUAAUGCCCAUUCCUCUAUAGGUCUUCCUGACAGGCCUCAUAAGAGGAAAAAAGCCAAUCACUGGCCUCUGGCAGUUUACAAUACGAACAAUUGCAACAACACAGAUGACAAAAAGGAAGACAAACAAGAGGAAAUAAAGAAAGAUGAGAAAAGAGAGAAGGAUGAAAAGGAUGAGAAAAAAGAUGGUGACAAGAAAGAGAAAAAAGAUGAGAAAAAGGAUGAAAAGGAUGCUAAGAAAGACGAUAAAAAGAAAGAGGAGCCCCCGAAAGAAAUUUGGAUCAUGGACCCAUCCACAGACAAAUAUUAUAGAUGGCUCUCAGUCAUAGCAGCACCGGUUUUUUACAACCUGAUGAUGCUGGUGACAAGGGCCUGUUUCAAUGAGCUUCAGAACUCAUAUACAACGCUUUGGAUGAUCCUGGACUUUACCUCAGAUGCAAUCUACUAUACAGACACAUUUGUCAGAUCAAGAACAGGUUUCUUGGAGCAGGGCCUUCUUGUUAAAGAUGCCAAGAAGUUGAUGGAUCAUUACAAGAAAAUCCCCCAGUUCAAAUAUGACAUGCUUUCCAUGAUUCCAACAGAUUUAUUGAUGCUCAAAGUUGGAUACAACAAUCCUGAACUUCGUUUAAACCGUCUCUUCAAAAUGGCUCGUUUGUUUGAGUUCUUUGACCGCACCGAAACCAGAACAAACUAUCCGAACAUUUUCCGUAUCAGCAACCUCGUACUUUACAUCCUGAUUAUUAUUCACUGGAACGCUUGCAUAUUUUUUGCCAUUUCCAAAACUAUAGGCUUCGGGACUGACACGUGGGUCUAUCCAAACAUCAGCCACCCUGAAUAUGGCCGUUUGGCCAGAAAAUAUAUCUACUGUCUGUACUGGUCCACUCUCACCCUCACCACCAUUGGAGAAACUCCACCACCAGUUAGAGACUUUGAAUAUUUGUUUGUCGUUGCUGACUUCCUCAUUGGUGUGUUGAUUUUUGCUACCAUCGUUGGUAACGUUGGUGCCAUGAUCUCCAACAUGAAUGCUUCUCGAGCUGAAUUCCAGGCAAAGAUUGAUUCCAUCAAGCAGUACAUGCAGUUCCGUAAGGUCAGCAAAGAUUUGGAGGCUAGGGUCAUCAAAUGGUUCGACUACCUUUGGACGGAGAAGAAAACAUGUGAUGAGAAGGAAGUCUUAAAGAACCUCCCAGACAAACUCAAAGCUGAGAUUGCCAUCAACGUCCAUUUAGACACACUGAAGAAGGUGCGAAUCUUCCAGGAUUGUGAAGCUGGACUGCUUAUUGAGUUGGUGUUGAAGCUUCAGCCUCAGGUGUUCAGUCCUGGAGAUUACAUAUGUAAGAAGGGUGACAUAGGCCGAGAAAUGUACAUCAUCAAAGAAGGAAAGCUUGCUGUGGUGGCUGAUGAUGGUAUCACACAGUUUGUGGUGCUCAGUGAUGGUGCUUACUUUGGAGAAAUCAGUAUCCUUGGAAUAAAAGGCAGUAAGGCUGGAAACAGAAGAACGGCAAACAUUCGUAGUGUUGGCUACUCUGACCUUUUUGCCCUGUCUAAAGAUGACCUCAUGGAAGCACUUACUGAGUACCCUGAUGCCAAAAAAGCCCUGGAGGAGAAAGGAAAGGCCAUCUUAAGGAAGGACAACCUUCUUGAUGAGGCUGUGGCAGCCGCAGGCACGGAUCCCAAAGAUCUGGAGGAUAAGAUUCACCGCCUGGAGGGCAACAUUGAUGUUAUGACUUCCAAAUUUGCCAAACUCAUGGCAGAGUACAUGUCAUACCAGAGCAAGAUCAAACAGAGGAUCGCUAAAAUGGAGAACAAAGUGAAAACACUACGAGUGGAGGAUCUGUCUGAAGUGGUCGAGGACAAAAAGACAAAAUAAUCAAGUCGACAUAUAUGAAAACAGCACAGACUUUGGGGUUAAUGGGGUUUUCCUAUGUACAUAUUUCUUAAUAUAUGACAAUACUUUUAAAAUGUUUAUACUUAUUUAUACAUUUUAAAUAUAUGACAUUGUAAUAAUUGCCCCAUAUAUGACAUAUUUAUUCAAUACAUGCAGUAUGGAACAGCUCAAAUGACAUUCAUUAACAUAAAAUGCAGGAUCUUAUUUAUCUGUCCCAGGACAGUCACUGUUGCAUGACUGUCAAAAAUCUUUUUUUUUAUGACAAAGGCA